CGGAAAUUGUCCUAGCGAUGCACAUGUGGAUCAGGCAGUGGAGCCAGCGACGGGCUCGUCUGCGGCGCUGAAUCCGAUGCCAGCAGCCUCCUUGAAUGCGGAGAGAUCAUAUCAGGGAAACUUCGGGCUGCUGGAUUGCGUGGUGGGACGUGCGAUGCUGGGUUAUUUGCUCUACUUCUUUCGGCAUCUUCUAUCAUCAAUGGAAGAGAUUUGGAUUUAAACGAAUUUGCUUCAUCUUCUCCGUGCGAAUUUUGUAGGACUGCACGAAGGAGAGCGUGAGUGUGUAAAAGUUGCAGCUUUAUUUCGUUCAUUCAAGAAUGCACUAGCUACGCGAAACUUAGGUUUAACAACAUUCAGCAUAGAAGCGACGAGAGAGCAGGACCAAACUUACGCAAAAGUGAGCUCGUCGUCGAGGAGAAUGACGGACUCAAAGUGCCGCUGCUCCCCAGAACUGCUGUUUCAAAUGAGUUUAAUGUGCUCGCGAAUGAUAAAAGAGUUGAAUGCAGAUGCAAAUUUGCCAUAGAUUUUCUUGCUUGACGCAAGCAUGUCAACAAGCGCACUAUGUCGAUUUCGAGCGCACAUGCGUUGAAGCAGCAGCUCUGAAGUCCAUUUUUUUUUGAAGCCUCUUACAACUGGUAAAAGACAAAAAUUAUACUUGAUCUUACCCUCUGCACGUCGUCCGACCACGUGCGAUCACCAGCCCGCUCGCUUUUUCCUUUCCACUACCCGACCUCCUUUCCCACCGUGACCUCCUCCGCCAACCUCGACAUUAUGGAGGCGGAGCACAAGUACCGGGAGCUGAGCGAGCAGAAGUCGCUGGAGGCUAUGCAGACCGAGGAGGAGGUAUCCACAGAAAAAAAACCAUCCACAUCCAUUUUUUGCAUGACAAACACAUGACUUGCUCCGUGUUCUUUUGCAUGACAGAUUGGAUGCGGAUGGGUUUUUUUCUGUGGAUAGGAAGAGAAGUUGGCGGAGCAGGAGUUGGAAAAGGUCCGGAAAAUGCAAGAGGAACUGGAGAACAAGAUGCAAAAACUCCGCGAGUCCGCGGAACGGAAGAAGUUGGAGGCGGCCACCGCGGCGAAGGAGGCCGAUCGGCUGAGGGAGGAGCAGGAGUUGAAGCGGAAGAAAGAGUUGGAAGAGUUGGAAUUGCAGCGGAAACUGGAAGAAGAAUUGAAAGAGAAGAAGCGGCAGGAAGCGAUUUUAGCGAGACAGAAGGAACUGGAGGCGAAAAAAGCAAAAUUUGCGCAGAAGUUUUUUGAAGACAUGAAGGCGAAAUUUGCAGCGGAGGUGGAAAAAUUUGAGGAGGAAAUCGAGGAGACCUCUGAAGCCGUUUUGGCCGAAGAAGAAGUCCAGGAAUCACAGGAGAAGAAACAUGCUUCACUCACCAGCACCUCUUCUCCAAAACCAAAGCUGCAUGAGGAUCAAGAGAGUGCCAAAGUUGAUGAAGAUGAACAUGAUCCCGCUGCGGCUACUGCUUCUGGUGUCAAUGAAGCUGGUGUCGUGCGAGGCACGAGCACCAACAGCGCGGACAAACAGGCUGAGGACGACGUGGUCGAUGCGGAAAAUAAAAAGGACUCUCCUUCUGCCACCAAAAACGUCACACCGACGACGGAACAGGAUGACCGCAAUGAAACUCCUUCCUCCUCGAUCAACAAAUCCACGGUGCAAAACCAAGCUGCUGCUGCAAUUGGCAACAAGACUAGCGUUGAUAAUACCACUGCUGUUGUUGUUCCAAUCGCAGAUGUUGUUGACGAGAACAAGGAGGACCAAGUCGCUAGCUGUAUCGCAAAGCUCGUCCAUGAGCACUGGCAGGAGUAUUUCAAAAUCGCACCGAAAACCGUGAUCGAGGAAAAGGUUGUCGUUAUCAACGCGCCGCCCCCCGCUUCUCCACCGCCGGCGGAUCACCGGAAAAAUACCAAUUAUACUGCCGUGGAAAUGCAAAUUGUGCGGGAACGGUUGAAGGCCAGCGCGCGGCGGCAGCAGGGCGGUCAUGGCGGGGGAAGGAAGGGUUUUGGGAAACAAGAAGCUGGCGCCAACAGUGCGUCUUCUUUUGUAGAGUCCCCAGCAGGUCCAGCAAGUAGUACACCGGGGGCGGCGCACAGCCAGCACGCAGUGUCGUGUUGGGACGGCAUUGGGUAUGGAACGAGCAACCAGAACGGCUACUACAGCAGCAAUACAUCAACUCCUGGCAACUACGGGGGUUCUUUCUACGCAGAGUUUAAUAACGGAGGCGCGACUAACAACCAGCUCCAGCACGGGGGUUCAUGCAAUUACUAUGGGACUACAAAUCAAGACCAUGCUGGCUUCGGCGCGGCGUACGGGAUCGGGCAGUCGAUUAGCAUGCGAACGGAUCACUCGCAUGUUCCCAGGCAGAACUUUGACAGCAUGAACUACGGCACGACUUUUCCGCCCUCGAAUUCUUUCAACCUGGAUCUCCAGGCGCAACACAGUCCUUUGGAUGAGCACCAGACCGGCGAGCAGUAUAAUGUGGGCCAGGAGGAGCAAUUCGACUACGCUGCUGGUUGUGCCGCCACCGGGUCUGCGAAAAAAGAGCAGCCGAAAUCCAUUGACGAGUUAGUCACCGACAUCAUGUCGCCGCCGCCGGCGAAGAACAAAGGGGGUUUUGAAAAAGCGGAAGGAGUCCUCGCGGAAAAAUCCGGGGAAGGCGGGGAGGAUGAACAAGGUGCUUCAGUUUCUCUUGCGUACAAGUUGGCGCUGACGCACAAUGAACAGGAAACUGCUUCUUUGGCGGGCCACCGCAAUCGGAAGAACACCGACGGAACCGCCUCGCUCAACUCCGAGAACUGCACUCCCACCGGGACUGGCGAAAUCAAGUACGAGCUGAGGAAUGGCCGAAUGAUGGCGGUUGACCGGGGCCACUAUCGGGAACGAGAACGCGCCAGGGUCACAACCGGACGAGAAAAAGCUGCGGAGAGGAAGGAGCAGAAAGUUGAUUGGGCGAGCAGCCAGGAGAGGGACCGUGGGGAGGACGAGACCGGGGUGUCGGAGGAGAAAGAGAAAUUUGAGCACGAUUGGGGUUCCUGGAAGACCAAGCUCGAUGGCUGGAAGCAGGGUAAGAAAGAUGCUGACUGGACUUCUGGGAGCUGGAAGGAUAGUGAAGACAAAGCCGCAACUUCUACCGCCGGUGCUGUUGGCCGCGACAACGAGAAACAGGAGCGGAAGGACACCUGGCAAGAAACCGCGAAUGAGGAUGAGGUCGAUUGGAACACCGCGAAAGAGGCAGGGGUGAAGAAACAAGAUGAUUGGAAAAAUGACAGCACGGCUGGUCGUCGUGACAACAAGGAGGUCAACGAGACGAAUGAAGACUGGUGGGGCACCAGGUGGGAAAAGAAACCUUCCGAUGAGCAGGGCAAAACAGCGACCGCGGAAAAACAAAAAGGCGAUUGGGAGAAAGAUUGGAACGUGAACGACGACACCACGAAUAAUGACGGCGACAACACGAAAUCCUCUUGGGCGUCAGACAAAAACAAGAAAACGACCUACGCCUGGGCCGAGGAGCAGAAGCUGGACGAUGUCCAAGACAAGAAGGGCAAGGAUAGCGGAAGGGAUUGGUGGAAAAAGGAUUAUGGUGACUCAUCCUCGUCUGCGGAUAACGAUACUACCAAGGCGGGCAAAAAGAAAGACAAGUGGUGGAAGGACGAUAGUGGUGUUUGGCAGUGGGCGGGCGACGAACAAACGCAGGAUGUCAGGUGGAAGAUUGCUGAGAAAGAAUACACCAAGGGCGACACGACCUGCUUGAUGAAGGCCGACCUGUACUCCACUGAGCAAGGUGCAGGUGAAGAAGAAAAAGUGCCGUCUUCUUCAUCUGAAGAUCACCAACCUGCUGAAGCUGAGACGAACCACUAUGAGGGACAGCAGGUUUAUUCCACCCCCGACGCCCGCCUCGUCGAAGAAAGUAUCAUCGACCCCGAGGCGGAGGCGGGCAAUAGCACCACAACAUCCAAAAAGUCAACUGCCGCUGCGGUCGUGAACAUAACGCAGAACAACAAGCGGAACAAAAAACCCGUUUGCACCAUCGACCCAAAAUCGAAGAAUAACACACAAAUUGUCAGCAAGGAAGAGCUGAAAAACGACAGCGUGAAGAUCAAAUGGACCCCGAAGUUGAAGGAGACCGAGCACAACUACAUCUUCAAACACUACUCCGAUUUGGACCAGCAGCUCCCCGAGUGGCUGAUCAACAACUUGAAACAGAAGUUCAACGAACCGAUGCUGGUGCAGAAAUACGCGUUGAUUCCCGCUUUGUCCGGCGCGGACGUGACCGGUGUGGCGAAAACAGGCUCGGGGAAGACGGUCGCGUUUUUGAUUCCGGGGCUGGUGUAUCUGGAAACGACCGGGUACAAUCUGUAUCACAGGAAAAAGUGUAUAACGUUAACGGUUUUCAUAGAUUGCAAAAAUGCAUGACAAAUUUUGCCUAGCAUCAGCAUGCAUGCUGUGCAUGACAAAUUUUGGCGCGUUUUGGGAUGCGUAUCUGCAUCACGAAUUCCGUUAACGUUAACACGACUUUUUCCUGUGAUAACCUGUGGGACAUGGCGAUGGUCUUGACCCCCACCCGGGAGCUGGCGCAACAGACCUGCCAGGUGUGCAAGCAGCUCGCCACGGGACCCAGAUACAACGAAAUGUACUUACACUAAACCGAUUUUUGCGAGAAACAAUAGUGCUGUAGUUGCAUGUCUUUUCAUGUUUUUCGAUUGGAGUUGUUUUUCACUUCCUGUUGCAUUUUGAGAAUGAAGAUAACAUCAUCAUCUCGACCUAAUACGCACUUCCACUUGCAGCUGCAAACUUCCGAAACUAAAUCAAACCCUAUUAAAACAGUUGGCCCUGCCUCCUGGUGGGUGGCGAGAAGAAGAGCCGGCAGGGAGACGACUUAAAAUGGUCCCGCUUCGUCAUCGGCACGUGCGGCAGAGUGCGGGAAUUCAUGAUCGAAUCGCGGGAGUUAGACGUUUCCCGGUGCGGAUUUCUAGCGAUUGACGAAGCGGAUAAAAUGUUAGAGGACGGAUUUCACGAAACCAUCAUCGAAAUCUGUUCCCGGAUCAAGGUCUCGAACCGGCAAACCAUGUUCUUUUCCGCGACGUGGCCCCAGCACGUGGAGGGCUUGUCCCGGGCGAUCUGCAACACGACGCCCUCGGCGAACAAAAAGAACGUCGGGAAGAACGCGCAUUACCACGGAUACAGCAGCUACAGGAACCAGAAUUUUUCGGAUUUUUCUCAUGACAGCACUUCCAAAAAUGCUGAUCAGCACAACGACCAAGAACAAGAUCAGCCACUACAGAAGCACUUGUUACUCAAGGUGGAGCAGGACGAGAAUUCGGAACUCACCGUGGACGAACGGAUCCAGCAGGAGGUGGUAGUUUGGACUGACCCACACUACGAGUACGAGGAGAAGAAGCGACAGCACAUGAUGAACUACAUUUCCAAGGAGUUAGAGACUUACGGCCAGGACGCGAAGAUCGUGGUUUUUAUGAACGCGAAGAAGGACGUGGAGCUGGUAAAGCAGAUGCUUAUCGAGGAGUACAACGUGGACGUGGAGGAUGAUUCGGACAUUGAAAUCGAAGAGGCAAACUGCCACGAGGGAUUCGCGCAAAAUAAAACCAAUGAUCUCGAGUUGGUGGAUAUUAACAGCGGUGGCCGGCGCAAGGAGGUUUUUCCGGCAGUCCACUUACCGGCGGUGGAUAAAAACAUGGUUGCAGACGAAAACGACGCUGCUGAUGUAGUUGUCCCGGUGGUUGCUGAAGAAGAUGUGAAGAAAGAAGCGCCGCCGGCCGCUCCUGUUGAUGCGAGCUACGACAUCGAGGCACUAAAGUGCGACUCCCCCUCUCCGGUUUUGGUCGAAGAGCCGGAAGAAGAUGGUGACUCGGACGAGCAGGCUGAGAAACACGUGGUGGAUUCUGGAAAUAACGAAGGCCGAUCUGUUUCAUCUUCUACAGCAAAAGACUACAAGCCAGAUGAUGGUGAUGGCCGCGAGCAAGGCCCCGGCGCUGCUAGCGAUGAUGCAGUUGCCCCGUCCAGAAGCUGCCCCAAUAACGAAGACGAACUACAGUCUGAAGUCUGCAAGACCGUGACGGACGUGGUGACGCAAUCGCAGAAAUCGUUGCAAAACUCCGCUGGGAUUGUACAUACGCCUGUUUCUGCGAAAUCCUCGCUAAAGAACAGUGUUUCCACUGCGCAGCAGGACAUGAAUAUGGAAGCACCCUGCUUGAAUUCCUCCGCUGCCGGCCACCAACAAGAAACGGACCAGAAGGCAGCUCGGGCCAAAGAUGGUGAUGCUGAUAAUGAUGAAACUUCUGUUCUUGCCGCUUCCGCAUAUGACUAUCCGCCAAGAAAAACGUGCAUCAGCAACAAAUCGAAGAAGAUGCAGAUUGUCUCGAUGACGGGCGACAUGAAACACUACGAAAGAAAGGAAUCCCUGGAGAAGUUCAAGAAAAAAAGGCACUGCCAGAUCAUGGUCGCGACGGACUUGAUCGCGCGCGGCUUGGACGUGCCGACGGUUACCCACGUCAUCAUCUACGAGUUCCAAACAUUGGACAACUACGUCCACCGAAUCGGGCGUACCUGCCGCGGCCGCAAUGAGCUAUCUUCAUCUACGGGAGGAGGAGGUAGUUUGUCUGGGAAAAGUUCUCUGACCAGCUCCCCAACAACGACACACCAGGAUGUCGAGGUUGGGAGUUUGAACGGAACUAGUACGCAGUUGAACAACGUGAAGAACGGCAGUCCCGGUGCGGUGUCUCUCUGUAGUAGUUUGUCGACAAGGAAUAUCAACUUGCAACAGCAGCAGCAAGAAAUCCAAAUCAAAGACGGUGCUUCGAAAAUCAACAUCGACGGUGCGACAACUUCUGCAAGCCAUCAGCUGAUACUGACGGCCACCAAGCGGGAGAAGCUAUGGCGUUCUCAAAUGUUACAAUCUCAACUGUUACAUGAUUUGUCAUGCAAAAUGACCAUGAUCCGCAAGACGAUCAAGCUGCUUCGCAUGACAAAUCAUCGAAUGGCUAAACAGCAUCUAAAUCCGUGCCAAAUUUGUGAUGCAAGACUUGCAAGCUUUCCCCUUUCCCUAUUGCUGGUUUUGCAUGACAAAUCCAUGUAACACUAAACAGUUGAGAAUGUAACAGUUGAGAACGCCAUAGAAGGUUUCCAAAGCUUUGAUCUACUUCCAGCACUAUGACAAGUACCCGGAAAACGCUGGGAAGUUGAAAAACAUGCUGGCCCAGGCGAAGCAGCCGGUACCGGAGGAUCUGGAAAAAUUGGCGAAGGAGCACGAGUAUCCUGUGCACAAGUAUCGUACUCGUGCUUGCGUAUGCAUUUGCAAUAUUGGAUUAGCAAAUCUUUUCUUCUUUUCGGAAAAGCAAAAGUCUAUUGUAAUGCAAUGUCUACAACUAGUAGAAGUGGAACUAGGUGCGAUAGAAGCGAUACUUUUGAAAUUCAUAGCGAAUCCUCGACGGGCUCGAGGAACAAAUCCCGGUUUCAGAUUUGGUGGGAACGCGAGGUGGUGGCGAAGUUUGCGAAGAACUGCGAGGAGGGCCUGUCGUUCUGGGACCUGUACGACUUGGAUGCGGAGGGACAUGUGACGUUCACCGGGAAUUCGUAUUGAGAUCAUAUUGAAACCGAGAUGGGAUUUACAUUUGGCAGAACAGCAGGCAUGCGAUGAUGUUGUGGCUGUGGUUGAAGACGCAAGGUGUGGAUGAUCGAGAGAAUUUAUUACAUCACAUGGGCAUCGGCAUCGCCUGCAUUUUAGAUUUUCCAAUUUUCUAUCUAGUGUAAUAGUGAUUUACUCUUUAUGGUGUUGCCGUAGUCAUAUGUUGGGGAAGGGGAAUACAUUAAUGUGAUAGACCGGCAAUAGUGUACUCGCCUCCCUUCGAUAGGUGCUUCGAGUUGGAAAUCACGAAGCCGUCAAAUAAAUGAAACGGCGAGUCUAAGUCAUUCUUACUUUUACGAUUCAAAACUUUCUACAAUUUUUUUUUUUUGAUUCAGAACAUGAUGUCUUUCUGACCGUUGGCUUGUUGUAGUUAAGCGAACGGCAGCGACCAUAAAUUUUGCAGUAUUUUUGUCUCCGCCGAGACGAACACACGCAGCUAGCACAGCUUGUGCCUAGUAUAAUUCUGUUCUACAGAGCACCUCCAGACCACUUAGGCGACGUGGGCCCAUUUUCAAAAACAAACAGAUUUGGCCUCUAAAAGUGUCUAUGUAGUCUUCACAACUUCAGUGUCGAUUAUUUACCACGAAGGACAUACUUCUAAAGUUCAGCUGCGCUUCUCUUACUCUUUCUCAUCUUCAAAUGAAUGCAAUAAAGAAUAUACCUGCUUGAUGCAUCGGCGAAGGCAAGGCUUUUGACAAACUUCCCUGACGAAAUGUUGCAGUUGCCAGCGAUAAAAGUAGAACAGAUCAGUUGAGACCUUGGAAUUGAAACACGCCCACGCUUAUGCUUGCCAUUAU